AUGAUGAGCUAUGGCAUGGACCCGCUCUUCGCCGGCCCGGCAACCGGCCCCUCGUUCCGCAAGGAGCCCGUCUUCGGCAGCGGCGUCGGGGCCCGCUACUCUGCCUCCCGCUCGGGCGGCUCGCUGGCGUCCAGCGGCUUCCACUCGCAGUCGUGGUCGCGGGGCUCGACGGCCGGCGCCGUCUCCGUCUCCAGCUACCGGCGCCUGGCGGCGGCUUCGUCGCCCGCGGCUGCCGCUGCGCUGAGCCAGCUGGGCUCCUCGACAGACAGCUUGGAGUCCUCGCUGAACGGCGACCUGCGCGGGCGCAACGAGAAGGAGGUGCUGCAGGCGCUCAACGACCGCUUCGCCGGCUACAUCGACAAGGUGCGGGCGCUGGAGGUGCAGAACCAGCGGCUGGAGGCCGAGGCGGCGGCGCUGCGGCAGCAGCAGGCCGGGCGCUCCGCCAUCGGGGAGCUCUACGAGCGGGAGAUCCGCGACAUGCGCGGCUCGCUGGUCCAGCUGAGAGCCGAGAAGGGGCAGCUGCAGCUGGAGCAGGAGCAUCUGGAAGACGACGUGGCCCACCUUCGGCAGCGCCUGGACGACGAGGCCCGGCAGCGCGAAGAGACGGAAGCGGCCAUCCGGGCCCUGGGCAAGUUCGCCGACGAGGCCCACCUGGCCAAGGGAGAUCUGGAGAAGAAGCUGCAGGCCCUGCGCGACGAGAGCCUCUUCCUGCACCGCAGCCACGAGGAGGAGGUGGCCGAGCUGCUCCUCCAGAUCCAGGGCAGCGGCGCCGUCCAGGUGGCCUUCCAGGCCCGCGACGCCUUCCUCCGCUCCGACGUCACCUCCGCCCUCAAGGAGAUCCGCGCCCAGCUGGACGGGCACGCCGUCAAGAGCUCGCUCCAGUCCGAGGAGUGGUUCCGAGUGAGGCUGGACAAGCUGUCGGAAGCUGCCAAGGUGAACACUGAUGCCAUCCGCACGGCCCAGGAUGAGAUUUCUGAAUACCGCCACCAGCUGCAAUCCAAAACGACCGAGCUCGAAGUUCUCAAGGGGACGAAAGAGUCCUUGGAGAGGCAGAGGGCUGACUUAGAAGAUUGCCACCAUGUUGACGUCCUGUCUUAUCAGGAGUCCAUUGCACAGCUGGAUAAUGAGCUGAGGAAUACCAAGUGGGAGAUGGCAGCCCAGCUGAGAGAAUACCAAGACCUGCUUAACGUCAAGAUGGCUCUGGAUAUAGAGAUUGCGGCUUACAGGAAACUCCUGGAAGGCGAAGAAUGCCGCCUGGGAGCUGGGAUGGACCCCUUCCCUUUCCCUUUCCCCGAAGCCCUCCCCAAGGCCCCCAGCAUUUCCACUCAUAUCAAGGUCAAAAGCAAGGAAAAGAUCAAAGUGGUGGAGAAGUGUGAGAAGGAGACAGUGAUUGUGGAAGAACAGACUGAGGAAGUCCAAGUGACCGAAGAAGUAACAGAGGAAGAAGGGGGAGAGAAAAAUGGGGAGGAGGAGGAGAGAGGAAGAGGAGGAGAGGAAGGUAAGGCAAAAAAGGAAGGAAAGGGAGGCUUUGCAGGAGGAGAGGCCGCUAAGUUGCCAGCAAAAGGAAAGAAGCCUCCACAGGCAGAGGAAGCUGCAGCUCCAGCAAAGGUGCCCACACCGGCAGCAAAAGAGGAAAUCAAAUCUCCAGACAGGCUUAAGUUGCCAGUGAAGGAUGAAGCCAAGUCUCCGGCUCCCAAAUCUCCAGCAGCCGCCUCCCCUGCAAAAGAGGAGUCCAAAUCCCCUGCCAAAGGGAAGUCUCCAGCGAAGGACGAGGCCCAGGCUGCAGCUGCAAAGUCUCCUGAGAAGGUGGCCUCCCCUACCACAGGCCAGGCCAAGGCUCCUGCAAAAGCUGCAGCGCCCACCAAGGAUGGAGCGAAGUCUCCCGAUAAGGUCAAGCCUCCGAGCAAGCAGCCGGCAAAGUCCCCGGUGGCAAAAUCACCGGAAAAGGCAGCGACCCCGACAAAGGAGGAAUUGAAAUCUCCAGGGAUGGUCAAAAAGGAGGAGACGAAGUCUCCCGAAAAGGCCAAGAUGCCGCCGUCCAAGGUCAAAUCGCCUGAAAGGGAGACUACCCCCCAAAAGGAACCAGGGAAGCCACCCACGGAGGAGGCCAAGGCCCCUGUGAAAGAAGAGAAAGGGGGAAAGGAGGAGGAGAAAGAGGCAGUGAAAACGAAAGCAGUGGAGAAGAAAGAGAGCAAGAAAGAAGAGGAAAGCCCGGCCAAGGAUGUGCCAAAACCGGAAGCCAAGGUGGAAGAGAAGAAGGGCAAGGUGGAAGAGAAGGAAGCCAGCAAGCCAGAGCUGCCUUUCCUAGAAGAGGAGGAGGAGGCAGCCACCAAGGCAGAGGAUGACAAGGUGAAGGAAAAGGAGCCUGCCACACCGGCAUCAAAGGCCACACCGGAGACCGAGAAGGAAGCGGAGAAAACCAGCAAGAAGGAGCCGGAGCCAAAGGCCCCGGCCAAAGAAGUGAAGGCCAAAGAGCCAAGCAAACCAGCCGAAAAGGAGGCGGAGAAACCUAAGAUGGAGGCAAAGAAAGAAGAGCCCAAGAAGGAGAUGGAAGAGAAGCCCAAAGCCGAAGUGAAACCCAAAGAAGCGGCCAAGGAGGAGCCCAGCAAAGAGGCCGCAGAGAUCCCCAAGGCUGAGCUGGCAAAGGAAGCGGGGAAAGCAACCAAGCCCAAGGCAGAGAAAGUGGAGAAGUCCUCCGGCACAGACCCCAAAGACAGCAAAGGCGUAGAGAAGGGGGUGGCCGCCACGGUGGAUGAGACAGCAAAGAAGAGCGAGAAGUGAACGGCACGCGGAGUUGCGCAAGGGCCCUCCCGGCCUCUGGACGAGUGCCCGUUUGCCCUUGAAAGGCCAGAUUUUUUGCUUAGG